UUUAGCGGGGAUUUCCAGUGUGGAAGGCAGAAAAAGAGUAACAGAGGGGAUUAAAAGUGGGUGACAUAUGAAAGUGUGCCAGAGGAAUCUGAAAAGGAAAGAGAGAAAAAGAAUUCUUCCUCUGCCUGUGGACCUGUGGUAGAUGAACACAAAUGUUAAGACACGGCUAAGAAAAGAGAGAGCAAGAAGAGUGACAGACAGACUGAGGGACAGGGAGCAAAGACUAAAAAAGAGAAGAAGGUCACUGACACAGUUCAAGGGGUUGGCAUGUCUCAAUAAUCUUCAAUUACCAGGGAAAUAUGAGUCUGCAAAAUGUAAUGCUACAUCGGACAGAGUAUGUGAAACCUGCCCACCUCACACCUACAUUGAGCAGGAAAACUUUAUGUCCAAGUGUCUAUCCUGCAGGGAGUGCUCAAGCAAUGAAAAUCUGAUGACGGACAAGGAAUGUGAGGCCGACAGAAACAGGCAGUGCAAGUGUAAGCCUGGGUACUACUGCAAACACAAAUCUGAGAAACCCUGUGAUUUUUGCGAACACGUCUCCAGUUGCCCUCCAGGGAAAGGGGUGACCAGGCAAUACACAGACAUGAGAGACACAGAGUGCAGUCCCUGCCUAGAGGGAACCUACAGCGAUGUGGAGGACUACUUUUCCAGCUGCAAAAAUCAUACUAGUUGUGAAGCUCUGGGUCGACAUCUGAAGGGUCCAGGGACUGACACAACAGAUGCUGUGUGUGGAGAUUUUAAAGCAUCUUGUCCUUGGAUGUUACCUGCUGGUCUCUGGGCAGGGCUAGUCGUUACUUUCCUGAUAAUAUUUUUGGCCCUAUUUUUUAUUUAUCGGUCAAAGAAACGUACAUCACAUAGAUCAGUGAAUAUUUCAGAGUAUUUACACUCACCAGUACUUCCUCCAGACAUCCUGAAAUACCCUGGUGUGGAGAAACAUGCAGAAUAUCACCAACACACAUAUACAGUUGAAAAUGACACAAACAUAGACUGUAACACAGGGUGUGGUUGUGGAGCCAUGCCAGUGAGGACAGUUUCAGAGAAAUACAGCGAAUCCAAUGCUGCAAAUGGAUAUAAAGACAGCAUCAUGUGCCACUCCACAUAUCAAUCAGAGCCACAGGAGUCUGAAUGGAAUGAUUAACUCACUUCUAUUUACCUGACAAUUAUCCAUGAGUAUAGAAUGAUUUGGUUUACCUACAACUAUAAAGACAUGCAGGCUAGGUUAAUUGGUGUCUCCAAAAAAAUUGCCCUAGGUGUGGAUGUGGAGGUGAGUGUGAGUGUAUGUCUGUCGAUGUGUGGCCCUGCGAUGGACUGGCGACCUGUCCAGGGUGUCCCCGCCUUUCGCCCAAUGUUAGCUGGGAUAGGCUCCAGCGCCCCGCGACCCUGUACACAGGAUAAGCGGUUGACGAUGGAUGGAUGGACAACUAUAAAGCUAUGAGCUUUACUGCAUAUUUUUGUAAAGCAUUUGUAAAGAACUAUAAUUAAAGAGCACAAAUAAAGUCUAACACAUAUUUAACCUGGAUGAAUGAAAAUGUUCAGAGUUUUACUGCCG